AUUUUUCAUAACUUGGCUACUGGAAAGUGAUUUUUCUUAGUUGCCUAAAACUGCUUUGUAAAGCAUUAUAUAAACCAUUAGUAAAGCAUUAUGUCAUAAACCAUGAAGGGUGCCUUAUUGAAAGGUAGUACCCAUAUGUCUUAAUCAUGAAAACAACUUUCAUUCAACAUUUAGAAUGUGACCUCUGUAAGAUGAUUUUGCAGGUGUAACUUAUAAAAGUAUUCACGUGGUAAAAGGCAGAUUUAAUACAACCUGGCUCAGGAUUCAAAGUAUACUUGACCUCUAGUUUUCUGCAUAUUUAUAUAUUUUGUUCACCAUAAACUUCACCCAGCCAUAACGUGAUGUAAACUAGGAUAAUCUCCACUAUUUCUUAUUUUUAAUCAGUCACCAGUGUGAGUGCUGUAGCCAGUGUUGUAGUUUAACAUGGCUCCAGUGCCGCCCAGCAGGACUCCCCCUUCCCCUCAUGACUGUGUGUAAAGCCGUGGGAGAGGACUGGGAACAGUAAUCCCUUCAAAGGAACAGAUCUAAUUCAAAAUCUGCCGCUCCAAACUAGUUGAGAGGACAGUGAUUGUUUCUUCAGGGAAGCCAGAUAAAGAUCAGAGAGUUGAUAUAGAAAACUACAACUUCCAUUUCAACUGCUUUGCCACAAAAGUUUGAAUAUAAUCUUCAGAUAACUGCAUACUUUUGCCCACAUUAAAUGUUCCGUAACAAACACCCGACAACAUCUGAUAUUGUAUUCCAGUUCUUUGUGUUACAUUAUAAAUACAUCUGUUUAGUUUGGAUGCUUCAGUGCACGAGACCCUUUGCUGAACUUCCUCCCCACACCCAACGGGACGUAUAGGGAAACAUAAUUGAGACAUCCCCAUUUCAAGUGCUGCUUUUGUCACCUGAUUUAAAACAGAGGUUUCCCUUUUGUCUCAUGUUAUAAUUUAAAUUAGCUGAUGGGAAUUCACCCUAAGGCGCUCAGCUUACAUUUGGAUGCUCAACAAGGAGAAAGAGAAGAGGGGGAAAAAGUAAAUUAGGAAUAAGGUUCUGAUAGAACACAUGAUUAAAAUGAGUGAAGGAUAAUUAAGUUUUUUUUUUAUAAUUCAGAGAGGGUAUAAUUAAGUGUUUAAUGCUGUGUUGUAGUUCAAAGGAACAACAAAGAAAAUAAAUGUGAUUCAAAUUAGGAAUGUAAAAGAGACGCAGAUUGUUGAGAGAUGAGAACUUUGUGUUGAGUCACUUGAUUUGGUUUCUUUCCUCCAUCAAACAGUCCGGCGACGCUCUCAGAGAUCUCCAGAGAUAACAAUGUCACAUUGUCACAUAGGGUUCUGCCACAAAUCCUUAAUUACAAAAAGAGGAUCAGAUGACGACAGCAUCCAAUAGCGGGGUCUCCAGGCGGCACGGGGGUCUUUGAUCAAGAAAAUCCAAUUAUUUGUGUAUAUACAUUUCCCACAUAGUGAUUACUUCAUUAAUUGUCCCGCCUUUAUCUCCUCCCUUCCCAUCCCCCCUAAUAAUCAGCUCCUUUAUCCAGACCAACAAACACACCAUAGGAGCUUUGUGGAUUCAAAGGAUUUGCUUUCCCCUCUCAAAGAGCCGCUAUUCUUUGAUGAUUGGGCAGCGGCAAACUUCAAAGUAAUAAAUCUUAUUUCUGACUGGCUGGCGGCCCACCAAAGUCCUUAUCAAAUUCUCAGAAGUGAUCCCUCACUCUUCAGAUAGACCAAGGAUAUCUCGGAGAGAGGACGCACUGAAGAGUGGAGACCUGCUCGACGCGACAAUUUUUUUUAAUACUGCGAAUGCACAUAUUUACCUAAAUUAGUGAUUUUAUUCGUAUUUGUUUUCAUCGCGAGGGAGGAGGACGCUUACCAUGGCAGCGGUGGCUGUUCUGCGGAAUGAAACACUCCAGGCUUUUCUCCAGGAUCGCACUCCAAACUCCUCUCCAGAGAACUGCAAGCACUCUCCGCUGGCGCUGCUGGCCGCCACUUGUAACCGGAUCGGGCAUCACCACGGAUCCAACCACACCGACUUCCUCCAGGUCCCGUACGACCCGACUCUUGGCUCCCCUUCGCGUUUAUUUCACCCGUGGACUAACGAGGGACUACCUCCGAGCUGCCUGGCCAGCAACCCAACUUUCGGACUAUCCUCCAAGCCCCAGCUGUCCGCGCACAUCCAGAGCUCGUUCAGCUCGCACCACGAACUGCCCCUCACCCCUCCGGCGGACCCCUCGUACCCCUAUGACUUCUCCCCGGUGAAGAUGUUGCCAUGCUCCAUGCAGUCUCUGCAGUCCUCUUGUCCCCCCACCUACGUCCCCGCGGUCAGUUACGCGGCACCAACUCCCAUCGCGCCCGCCAUGCCCAGUUUCGUGACGGGACCCUCCGGCCUCGUGCACCAGCAGCAGAGACAGUUGUCCCCGAACACCGGGGAGGACAUUCCGUGGUGGAGCCUCCAGCAGGGGAACCACGUCACCCACACGUCCUCCCUGGGUCCCCACCGCUUCCAGCUGCAGAGGGGCUUGGUGCUGGGACAUACGGACUUUGCGCAAUAUCAGACACAGAUCGCGGCACUGCUGCACACCAAGUCUCCCCUCGCGACGGCGCGGCGCUGCAGGAGGUGCCGGUGCCCGAACUGCCAGUCCUCCACGUCCAGCGACGAGCCCGGGAAGAAGAAGCAACACAUCUGUCACAUACCGGGCUGCGGGAAAGUUUACGGCAAAACUUCUCACCUCAAAGCGCACCUGAGGUGGCACUCUGGAGAGCGGCCGUUUGUGUGCAACUGGCUGUUCUGCGGCAAGAGCUUCACCCGGUCGGACGAGCUGCAGAGACACCUGCGGACGCACACGGGGGAGAAGCGCUUUGUUUGCCCGGACUGCUGCAAGAGGUUCAUGAGGAGUGACCACCUGGCCAAACAUGUCAAGACUCACCAGAACAAAAAAAACAAGUGCCACGACAAGACACUGGACCACGUGAAGCGGGAGGACACGAGGAGUAUGUUGUAGCCACGUGAACCGGAGGAGUCACGAGUCACACAGCCACUUGGGUUAAGGACUCAGUGAGCUGCGUUUUUAGAGGCUACUUUUCUUUCAUGUGUUGGUUUCUUUCAUCCUGAGAAUAGUUUUUGACAUUGCUGGUCUGUGUAGAAUAUUUUUUUGUAUAUGUGUAUAUAUAAAUAUAUAUAUAUAUAUAAAGUUUCAUAAGUUAAUUUGGGACCAUGGAGAAUUUAUGGCUCAUGAGUUUGAAUUCACUGUCUAUAUCAUGUCAAGGAAGACAAGUGUUCAACUUGUGAUCAUUGUCAUCGGUGGACGAUCUCACUCCGCUGUAAAUUAUAUUUAAUAGCUUUUGUUGAAUGAAAGUGUCCGUUUUUUGCUCCAUAUGGGGUGUUUUUAAUAAGCAUGCUCUUGAAAAGAUCUGCUGUUGUUGAUAUGACCCAAAUACUGUGUGAGAAUAAAGAUUAUAACAUUUUCCUCAA